AAUCCAUGUAAACUGACAACCUCUGCAUCGUCACCACCUUCACUCCCCUCCUCUCCUCUUUUUCACUUUCACUCCCCACCACAUUGCCCAUGGCCACGCCCCACUCCCUUCUCGCCUCCCUCCUCCUCCUCGCCGCACUCCUCCUCGCCCUCCCGCCCCCGUCCCUCCAGCUGCGGAUCGCCGCCGCCGACCUCGCCGCCCUCCUCGCCGUCAAGAACAGCCUCACCGACCUCCCCGGGGCCGCCUUCUUCUCCUCCUGGGACUUCGCCGCCCCCGACUCCUGCUCCUCCUUCGCCGGCGUCACCUGCUCCCCCUCCGGCCGCGUCACCGCCCUCUCCCUGGGCUCCGGCGGCCUCUCCGGCUCCCCGGGCCUCGCGGGCUCCCUCUCCCCGUCCCUCGCCCGCCUCACCGAGCUCACCCAGCUGAUCCUCUCCCCCGGCAUCGUCACCGGCCCGAUCCCCCCGCAGCUCGGCCGCCUCCCCGGCCUCCGCGUCCUCUCCCUCACCAACAACCGCCUCACCGGCCCGAUCCCAGCCUCCCUUGCAGCGCUCCCGGGCCUCCACACUCUCGACCUGAGCUACAACCAGCUCGCUGGGACGAUCCCGCCGGGCCUCCCUGCCGUGCCAGGUCUCAAAGUCCUGAUCCUGGCUUCGAACCGGCUCUUCGGCCGGGUGCCACCCGUCUCGGCGCGGGUCCUCCACCUGGACCUGAGGAAGAACCGGCUCUUCGGCCCGGUGCCUCCGCUACCACCCACGCUCCGAUACCUGUCGUUCUGCGGGAACGCGAUGUGGGGCCCACUUAACGGCCUUGCAUCGCUCUCGGAGUUAGUGUACCUCGACCUCAGCAUGAACCGUUUCGGUGGGCCCAUCCCGCCCUCCCUCUUCUUCACCCCGACCCUCCAAUCAAUGCUCUUGCAACGGAACAAUCUCUCCGGUGGGGUCCCCGCCUCCGCCGGAUCCUCCGCCACAUCCUACGGCCCCGGAUCGAUCGUGGACCUGAGCCACAACGCCCUGACCGGGGAGCUGUCGACUGCCCUCGUCGGGGUCGAGAGCCUGUACUUGAACAACAACCGUCUGACGGGGAGCGUCCCCGAGGAGUACGCCAAGAGCGUGUUCCAGGGUCGCACCCGGACGCUGUACCUGCAGCACAACUACAUCUCCGGGUUCCCGUGGGAUCGCAGGAUGGCGGUGCCGGACACGACGGCGGUCUGCCUGUCGUACAACUGCAUGGUGCCGCCCGUGGGGCUCGAGGGCUGCCCCGCCAGCGCCGGGUCACAGCUGUCGCGGCCCGCCUCGCAGUGCUCGGCGUUCCGCGGUGGCGGAGAAAGCCCUCGAGAUUGAUGGUUUGGUCGGUGGCAACGGAACACGUUGGUCCAAGGUGUCAUACGAGGUUUCCAAUACAUCAUUAACUUGUAGAUUGGGGGUUACUUUGGUUAACUCAUUCUAUUUUUUUUUCCCUUUUUCCUUCUUUUUUCAUUUAAAUUUUUUACUAAAAGAGGGUUAUAACUUGCUUUGGAUUUUUUUUUAUGGGGUUUUUCUUUUUAUUAAUUUUGUUAGUGUAUGUCAAUAGACAAAAGGGUAGUGAUGGGUGUGAUGAAUUUGAUACAUCAUUAAUGAGAAAAGGGGUGGUGAAGGACAUCUGUUUCC